AUGGCAGAUCCAGACCGAACCGUGAUUGUAAUUGAUGAUGAUUCAGAGACGGAGGGUGCUGUCGAAGCGCAACUCCUCCAAGGCAGCCCUCGCGGUUCUACGGCCAGUGGACAGCUUCCAGCGCGUGGGACCCAAGAAUUUGUCUCUCAGCGUGGAUAUCUUGACGGAGGAGCGUAUUCUGGGGAUACCAAACUCGACCAUGAUCCCCCAAGGACACCGACAACCAACGGCCCGACAAGUGCAAGUGUUUCGCCGACUCCUGGACACCGCAUGACGGUAACGCCCAGUGGUACAAGUGGAAGGCCUGCAAAUACUGCUCCUGUCGGUGCGGACGCAAUGAUGAUGGACUUGCACCACCCACCGGCCGACAUAUCUCAAAAGCCAAAGUCUACACAGGCUCCAAAGCACGCGAAAGCUGAUUCCCCCCCUCCUCAACUUCCAGUUCGACCACCACCACAGCCCACGGUUCGACUGGAGUUUUUUAUUGACGACCCCGAGCAGUACGAAGUGGACGUAUUAGCCUUGGCAAAAGGCACUGGUCAACGAUUACCAACUCCUCCCCCUCCUGAAAAGGAUUCGAGUGACAGUGACGAUGACGACGAGCCGCCUGAGCCGCCUGCGCAGGUUGUUGCAGGGCUUGAUGGAGUAGAGCCUGGUGCUGCUCCAAAGAGGCGUAGAAGACGAAAUCGAGACUACGACUUGGACGACCCAUUUAUCGACGAUGUCGAUCUCGCGAUUGACGAGCGAACCCACUUUGCUCAAACAACCCUACAAGGAUUCUACGUGUCUGCUGGAGACGUCGCUCUUGUCGAGCAAUCCACUCCUCCACCCUCUCACUAUACUGGCGGUAAUGCAUACGGUAAUCCCAACAAUCCCAACAAUACCUUUGGUGGGCCAAAUGGAGGCUUGAGCAGUACCAAGCGUGGUCCCGGACGGCCGCCUAAACGUGCCUCUGGUCCUCUGAGCGCGACGUUGAUUGCACGGACUCUGCUCAGUUACCCGCUCGGAGACAAACAUCACGACGAUGUCCGAGCUCAGGCAGCUAUUGCUGCCUCUAUGGAUCUUGGUGCUGGGAUUGGUCUUGGAAUAGACCCGCACGAGCAAACGGCGACGCCACCAUUUGGCACUGGGGAUGCAGAUGGUACAAAUGGCAACGGGCACAAAAGGAAGCGAGAGGCGUCUCCCCCCGCAGAUGGAGCUGACCCGAAAAGACGAAAGUUGGGAGCUACCGGAUCUUUCCAUCCAGAGUUGCAAGUCGCAAUAGAAAACCUUCAAGCUGCCAUUAAAAAGCACGAUUUCGCUAUCAAGGGCAAAUUCCCUCCCGAUCUCAAGCCCAUUCUUACAGAUGUCGCCAUUCAAGCCAUUACGGUUGGUGACUACAAUGACAACUUUUUCAACCUUUUGCCAACCAUCUUUCCCUACAACCGUUUCACGAUGAUGAAGCUCACCAAGCGGCUCGUCUAUAAGGACCAUGUGCGACUGGUCCACGAGCGACAAAAUGUGCUACUCGAAGAGCUCAAAAAGCUCGUUGAUGAGGGCUUUGAAAACGCAGAAAGCGAGUACCAUCGGAACGUUGCAAUGUGGGAGGAGAAAAAGGCAAGAAGAAAGACCGAAGGUGGCGUCGGGAUGGAGGGUGUAGAGCAUACGGGUCCAGCAGCUCCAACGCAGGCCCCAGUCGCUGCACCUGAUAUGGACCACGAGGGUGAUGAUGAAGGUGACGACGAUAAGGAUAAAGCACCCGGUCAACGAUAUCGCCUCAACGAGGCCAUGCGCGGCUAUCUAUGGGCGCUCGUUCAGCUCAGCAACGAAGUAUGCACUCUAACCAACGACAAGAACUUCCUGGAGGGGUCGAAAGAAGUCGUCUCCGAACAAAGUCAGCGCAAAGAGUUGUACAAAAAGGUUCUCCAGGCGUUCCCGGAUGGUUGGAUGAAUACCGGAACCAUCUCUCGAGAAGUGAGCAUGAUGAAGAAGAAGAUGGAGACGGCUGCGGCACCAGCGCUGAAACCAGAAGAACAAGGUGCAGGGCCCGCAGCUCCUGCAACGUAG